AUGGCCUACGCACCGGAGGCAUGCAUGGAUGAAAAACACCCUGAGCUUUGGCAACUUCGCCUCCUUCCCAUUUUCCGGUGGCGUGAUACCAUGCAAAGCUCAUUCUAUCGGCCCUACGAAGCGUUUUGUGCCCACGACGAGCCGCUGAUUGGCUACGAGACAGAAUAUUUUUGGAAGAAACAACCCAAAUGGAAUCCCACUCUUCUCCGGGACCCUCGCGAGGACGGGUGUACGAAUGCCGAGCAGCUUGCUGUCCUUGCGUCGUUGGCUGAAGCACUUAUUGAGUCCUUCAACUGGCGACUAUCUUGGGGCUUGCGACGGGAUAGACCUCCAGUUGAGGAUGAGAAUCGCGGCCGUUUCGACGAAUUCUCUGUGCCGGCCUGGACAGAAGAUGUUCCUAGGCUCGAGGAAAGGUUGCUCCUGCACAAACACCGUGACCCAAAUGACAGUAGGUCGGAUCCAGAUUUCCAAAAGCGGAAUGUACAGGCUAUUACAGGGUCUUUGACAACCGUUUGA